UCUUAUAUUUUUAUUUACUCUGCCAAAAAAAGCUAACAAACACAGUUCUUAUUCAGUCGCUGGCUGAAAUUUCUCCACAUACAAAAAUAAAAAAGGAAUUUUUAUAGAAACUACAAAAACAUACAAUAACAACAAUUAAAAAAAGGAUAUAAUUUGACAUUUGCAGUUUGACAUAAUAUGGCGACUUCAAGUCUAAUAUAAUAAUAUAACAAUUUCAAAAAUCGUAUGUGUUUCUGAAGAAGACGAAAUAAAAAGGAUUAAACACAAAAAUUUAAUCCUUAAGUGAAUAAGUAUAAGUGAGUUGUUGAAAAGUUCCAAAAAAUCAGAAAAAAAAACAGAAACAACAACGGAACAAAAAUAAGUUUAACUUGCCCAAAAUUUGUAUCCUUGUGUAUUAAAAUAUAAGAAGUGUACUCAAGGGAGAAAGUGCAUGCCACCCACCCUAUACCUUCACCCCAUAUAACCCAAUACAACAACCCAUCAUACCUCCACCAAUACAAUACUAGUCUAGUUAUAGGGUAGGUAGGUAGUGAAGCUGGUUCUUCCUCGUUGCUCGUUGCUCGUCGACGACGUCUCCGUCGUAGUCGCCACUCAUACAAAAUUGUGUUAUUGAUUUUUCCUGAUUCAACGGUGCGUUGUUGUUUUCCGUUUGCAUUUCCGUCAUCGUGUCGUUGAAACGUGAGCGUUUUCGUCCUUCGUCCUCGUUUUCGUUCUUGUUCUCGUUAUCGUUCUCGUUUUCGUUCUUCUGCGGCACUAGCUGGCUAAAUAGUUCGAGAGCAGAUAUUGUACAGUAUCUAUAGAAGCAGGAGCGAGCAGCAGGACCUGCAGCAGUAGCAGUAUACUAAGUAGUAGUAACCCCAUAUGAGUGGAAAUUGUCAAGCAAUUAUUAUUCAAGAGUGCAUUCAGCGAUAAAAUAAAAAGCAAAGAAAAACAAAAUCAACAACAACAACAACAAUCGACAGAAACAAAAGUUCAAGGAUUCUCGUGUGUAAUAACAACGUAUCCUCCAGAUCAGAGAUUGACACCGCUUCAUCGACUAUAGCAGCCUCCAUCAAUUCUCGCAUCACAGCAUCAGGAGCUCCAUCGCGAUACAAAAUCUUUCAAUUCGGUUCAGUUCGAUUCGAUUCGAGUUGCUUCGAUUUUUGCUUUCGAUUGGAUUCGGUUCGGUUUGGGUUUGGGUUUGAUUUUCCGGCCCGUAGGCAAUUUUUUAAGUGUAUGACUUUUCUACUUGUCGUCAUUGAAGUCUUUGGCGGUUGUCCUUUGUAGAGUAAAACAACAACAACAACAACUACCAGUGGCAACCAGCGACAGCAGUAGCAGCAGCAUCCUUGUUUUUUUAUAUUCAAGUGGGGUUUUUGGGAAAAGUGCCUACCUCAUCUUCCUCCUUGAAAUGCGUUAUCGUCGGCAUGAAUGCUGCAUUGUUUAGGGAAAUGUCAUCAUGAUGAUGAUGAUAUUAUUGACAUUUGCCUAGAGAGCCGCAAUACACACCCCUUCUAGUAUCCUUUUGGUCCAUAUCUUUCCACCCCACACCCUAUCUCUACCGUGUCACCAUAUCGAACAUAACGAGAAGGUGUUAAGUGAGUGACGUUGACGUGUGUUUGUGUGGGUUUUAUAAUUUCUAUUAAUUCCUCGUCUUAACGUUUGGCGCGGAGCGGCGGCGGCUGCAUAAGACUUAAGGCGAAAUUAUAUAUUUUGGUGCGGGCGAAUUCAUCUCAAUUUAUAAUAUAUGCAUCGUGGUCUCCUUUUGAGAGGAGUGAGUGUCCUUGGAAUUAGUCAAGAUUAUGUACUUUAAUCGGAGCCCCCCAAGUCAUAAGAAACCCUUGUUGGGGGGCUCCACAGAAAGCUUGGCAAAGUACAACAAAUCAUCGAGUGGCAUAGGGAAAUUGCUACACCACCAUCAUCACAGUCACAACCAUCACCACCACCAUCAUCAUAAGCAGCAUCAUCAUAGUCAAAUAUCCGGCUCCUUGUCAUUGGGAACGACAUUGUCUUCAUCUUCAUCUUCGUCGUUGUUAGGAGCUUCUGCAGGAGCAGGAGGAGCGUCUUCUUCCAUGAUGUAUUCAAGUUCAUCAACAACGAAUCUGAUGGCCGGAAGUGGAUCGCAUUUGGGUGGAAAUGUGCAUCCGCAUUCACAUUCGCGUAUUAAGCGAAACAAAAAGAAUUCAUGGGGCGCCCGGGAACGGGCCGGAAUGAGUUUUUUAAUUGUUAUUGCAUUCUUUGCCGUUUUUGGGUUAAUUAUUUUAACAGAGCUCUUCAUGAUCGACGAAAAGAGCCACGGCGGAAUGGUUGUACUGAGGCAUGGAAAUCUUGGCAGCCGGUUGGGCGAUUCACUGCCAGAUUAUGAUAAUGUAAAGGAGGAUUACGAUCUCCUGGAUGGCAGCUUACUAAUGAGUGAUAAUAAGUUAGGAAUAUUUCAAUUUCACAGUGACAAUAAGUUAAAAAUUCAAGAUCGUCUAUCAAUGGGCAUUUCGAAUGCCUUAAAUGACGAUGACACAAACAGUAACGAAGGUGCCAACGCAGCAGCAGCUCGACAAGCAGCGGGUGGUGUAGCCGCUGGUAACGGCGGCGCCUUAGGAGGAGCAGGGGCUGCUGGUGCCGGUGCAGGUGCAGGUGCUGGCGCUGGUACAGGUGGCAUCAACAACAUCCCUUGGGGUAAAAUGCUACCCGAGAAAAUCGAACACACCCUUCCCCAUUAUCCAACUGGAAUGCGGCCAACAGAUGGCUCCUGGCAAGUUGUCAACGGCACCCGUUUCAAAUUCUUUGUCUUUUCGGCCUACUACGACCGGCGGGAUGGAGCCAAGCUUGUGCGAGUUAUUGGGGCGACGAAGACCCGCGGUCCUGAGCGAGUGUGGUGUCGCUUCUGGUACACUUACCGUGAUGCAAACAAUCACACGAGAUACAAUUCAGCAACGGUGAUGGCUCGGGUAAAGGUAAUUCGAGAGAACUGGAAUCUCAAGUACAGUGCAUGCUUUGUUCUGUGUCCCUUACGAACGGCCGAACUGAAUGUGCCCCAAUCCGUGAGUAUUGUUAGCCGACUUCGAGCACCGCCGGGAAAUAUACUACGCGUCCGGAAUACCGAUCAGGAUCCAGAUUUUGUGAAUCGGACCGCAACGUCAUCGCCGGCAUCAUCGUCGUCGUCGUCCUCGUCGUCAUCAUCAUCGUCAUCACCUGUCGACCAUAUUGCCGACAAGAUAGCUAUUUGUGUCAAGCCGUUCCAUUUCAACUACGACCAAGCCUUGUAUCUUAUGGAGUAUUUGGAAUUUAACUCCCUUUUGGGUGUGUCACACUUUACAUUCUACAAUCACACCCUUGGCAGUCGAGCAACAUGUGUCCUCAAUCACUACAUCGAUGGUACCAUACCCGCCAAUCUAACUGCUGCAGACGCAGAUAAACCUGAAUUUCUUGUCAAAGAAAGCUCAACGCCAGAUGAUGCAAAAUCACCUCAUGGCGCAAAUAAUAAUAAUAAUAACACACGAAAAUACGAAAGCACCUAUACUAAGCCAACUGUAACUAUACUACCAUGGGAUUUAAGGAUGCGUUCCCAAAAGGAAAUACGCACUGAGGGUUUAUUUGCAGCCCUUAAUGAUUGUUUAUAUAGAAAUAUGUAUAGAUAUAGAUAUCUAGCUCUGGUGGAUUUGGAUGAAUUUAUAAUUCCACGGCAUGGGGAUACAUUAAACGAAUUAAUUAACUGGUUAGAUAAGAGAUAUAAGAAUCGUAAUGCGGGUGCCUAUUCAUUCCAGAACGCGUUCUUCUAUUUGCAAUUUCAAGACGAUCCAUGGUUGUAUGACACGAAGAGUGCAAAUCAGAGAUUACGAGCAGCACUAGUGACGCAAAGAAAAACAAGGAGACGUUCAAAACUUCAUCCCCAAAAACAACGCUCAAAAUAUAUAUGCCGCCCUGAAACUGUUGUUGAAGCUGGCAAUCAUUUUGUUUGGGAAUUUUCACCUGGAAAAGGUUCAUUAAAUGUACCACCCGAUGCGGGUAUAUUGCAUCAUUAUAGGGUGUGUGAAUUUGGUGGCAAUGAUUGCAUAAAAUCCCCAUCGAUAGUCGAUAGAACAGCAACUCGUUAUGUCAAUCGUCUGGUUGAACGUGUCGAAUCAGUCUACAAUUAUCUCAAAAAACCAUGUGAUCUACCUGAUUUACCAUUGAUUCCUGAAAAACCACCACCACCGGAACCAGCAAAUGAACCCAAAUAUAAACCAAUAAUUCGAAGUCAAAAAGAUGACAAAACUAAUAACGUAAAAGUUCAUCCGAAUCUUUAUAAUAUUAAACAACCGAAUAAGAAAAUUGAUGAAGACAACGAUGUAUUAAAUAAAAAUGAUAAUGUCGAUAAUGUAGUAGAACCAGUAGUAGAGCCAUCAUCAGGACCUCCUUCACAACCUGAUAAUGACAAUGAAGCACCACCCCCAACAGAAAUUAAACGAAAAGUUAUUGUCUUCGAACAAGAUUCGAAUGGUCAAACAAAAGUCAGAGUUAAAUAUGUUACUUAAUUUUAUAUAAAAACAAAUUUUCCGUUAUAAGUGUUUUCAUUUUGUUUUAAGAUUUAACAAUUUCUAUUUUGUAAUACUCUCAUAUGGAAAAAAGAAACCAUCUAAGGAAAGAAAAAUAAUAAGUAAAGAAAAUAUUGGCAUGAUUUCGAGAUACAUAAAUUUAAACAUUAAACAUAUCAUGCGUCUAAUUUAUGCCUGAUUUAGAAAAAAUAAAAGAUAUUUAGAGCCGCUAUACACAAACAAAUAGACAAAUGAAAUAUAUAUAUAUGCAUUCAAAACAUACCACACACAUAAAAAACUCACAACAAAAACAUACAUGGAAACCUUACUUAGAGAAAAUACUGCUUAACUUACAAAACUAUUUGCUACGAAGACACAAAGACCUUGGAAUAAGGUUUAACUGAUGAAAUUACGGUUUUGUUUUUCUUUUCUUAUUCUCUCUAGUCUUAAAAAAAAUAUUAAAAAUGCUUGUAAAAAAUAUGAAUUAAAUAAAACAGAUCUAUUUAAACAUAAAUUAAAAAA